UUUUUCUUUCCUAUUGAUACAAAAAAAAAAAACUCUCUCUCUCGCUCGCUCGCUCGCUGGAUCGAAGAAAAAAAAAAAACAAACGCGGCUUUCGAAUCGGUCUCUGGCUCUCUACGGGAUUAAAUCGUUCUUUCUCGUGGUUAGAUCUUCGCGGAUCAGAAAAAUGAGAGACGUCGUCUAUGCAUGGGAGGGGGCUUUCUGAGGAGGAGAGGAAGAAAGGUCAUCGUCGUCGGCUUAUGUUUAGACCUCCUUCGCGUCUAAUUUCGAGCGUUGAGGCUUCUCCUUCUCCUUCUUCUUCUUCGUCUCUAUCUCUUUCUUCACCUUCUUCGUUCUCUAAGGACGGGAGGAGGAUAAGUGUUGGUGACUGUGCUCUGUUCAAGCCGCCUCAGGAUUGUCCACCGUUCAUUGGUUUGAUCCGUUUGCUGGUUCCUGAGAAGGAAGGCGGUGGUAGUUUUAAGGUUCGUGUGAAUUGGCUGUAUCGACCCUCGGAGUUAAAGCUUGGCAAAGGCAAAGGCGUGCCUUUGGAGGCUCGGCCUAACGAGAUCUUCUACUCCUUUCACGAGGAUGAGAUACCUGCUGCGUCGUUACUUCAUCCGUGUAAAGUUACCUUUCUUCCCAAAGGCGUUGAACUCCCAUCUGGAAUCUCUUCCUUCGUUUGCUGGAGGGUUUAUGAUGUUAUGAAUGAGUCUAUUUGGUGGCUCACUGAUCAAGAUUAUAUCGAUGAACGUCAACAAGAAGUAGAUAACUUAUUGCGUAAGACUCGUACCAGGAUGACAUUACAGCAGGGUGGUCGUUCUCCUAAGUCAACGAAUAGUCCGACAACGUCUCAAGUGAAAACAGGAACAGAAGGUAUGCAGAACAGCAGCUCCUCUUCUUCACAGGGCAAAGGAAGGAAGAGAGAGCGUGGUGAUCAGGGUUCUGAAUCUGUGAAAAGGGAACGUCCUAGUCGGAUUGAUGAUGGCGGUUUUGGUUUUGUUAGAACAGAAAGCAGUUUGAAAUCUGAGAUUGCGAAAAUUACUGAGCGAGGCAGGCUAGUGGAUUCUGAAGGGGUUGAGAAAUUGGUACAGCUCAUGGUGCCUGAGAAGAAUGAGAAGAAGACAGAUUUGAUUGGGCGAUCCAUUCUUGCAAGUGUUGUAGCAGCGACAGACAAGUUUGAUUGCCUCAGUCGUUUUGUCCAGCUGAGGGGAUUACCUGUUUUUGAUGAGUGGCUACAGGAAAUUCAUAAAGGCAAGAUUGGGGAUGGGAGCAGUCCCAAGGACAAUGGUAGAUCAGUGGACGAUUUUCUUUUGAUCUUGCUGCGUGCUCUUGACAAGCUCCCUGUGAAUCUCAAUGCCCUUCAGACUUGCAACAUUGGAAAGUCUGUUAACCAUUUGCGAUCACAUAAGAACUCAGAAAUCGGGAAAAAGGCAAGGAGCUUGGUUGAUACAUGGAAGAAACGUGUUGAGGCAGAAAUGGAUGCCAAGUCCGGAUCUAAUCAGGGUGCAUCUUGGCCUGGAAGAUAUCGUCAGUCUGAAGUUUCUCAUGGCGGUAGACAUUCAGGUGUAUCUGCUGAUGCAGCCAAGACAUCAGCAUCUCAUCAGCAACAUCCUUACAAGUCUGUAUCUGUCAUAAUACCUUCAGACAACAACAUGAAGUCUGCAACCACAUCUCCUAGUUCUACUAGAUCAGCACCAUCACUUGGAACAGGUGCAGCUGUUGUUAAUGACGGGCAGCAAAGAGAUACCGGUGCGGUCCAUAGAGAAGUUGGGCUGAGCAGGAGCUUCUCAUCACAACGAACUGCAGCUGAAAAGACUCCUGACAUACCUAUGGCCGAAGGUUGCAGUAACAAGUUGAUUGUUAAGCUGCCAAAACGUGGACGCAGUCCGGCACAGAGUUUUAGUGGAGGUUCCUUUGAGGAUCAUGCAGCUGGUAGUAGCAGGGCUCCAUCACCUGCUCCUUCAGAGAACAAUGAUACAAAUCGAGCUAAUUUUAGCCUUGAUGGGUCUAGUAAAAUAGAAGACACUGUCAAACCCACGUCUCCUACCUUAGGAGAUGUUGUCAAAACUGGAAAAGGGGAUAGUGGAUCACACAGCUCAAUGAAUGCCUUGAUUGAAAGUUGUGUCAGGGACUCUGAGGCAAAUGCAUGUGAGGCUGGUGCAGAUGACGGUGGAAUGAAUCUUCUAGCUUCUGUUGUUGCUGAUGAAAUGUCCAAAUCCCCUGUUGCAUCACCCUCGGUAUCACGGGUUUCAGAUUCCUUGAAGAAUGAUAUUUUAGAGAACCAUACAACAGGAAUCAAAAAUUCUUUGGAUGGCUUGCGUAGCGAGCAAUCUGAAGCUCUUGCCAAGGAUCCCACCAUUGUUGAACAUGCCAGUAGUAGUGGCGAGCGGUUGGCCUCUGUAGCGAAUGUGAAUGAUUCUAAGCCCUCUGAUUCAGAAAUGGAAGAGUUGCAAAGAUUGGUGGAUCAGUGCCUAGAAAGCAAUGAAAAUUCAGAUGAUAUUGCUCCAACUGCUGGGCACACAUCAGGCAUUAGAGGAAACAUUUCUGAUGAUGGUGAUAGUCGGGUAGCUACUGACGUAAAGACUGAUGAGAUAUCAGAGACGGAUGGAGUGGCAGAUACAGUGAUGAGGACAGGAAACUCUGCCUUGCGUAAAUGUAUAACCGUUGGCAAAAGUCAAAAUGAAGAUUCUUUGACUGCCGAAGAUUCACACUUGGAUGCUGUUGGUGGUGCUCAGAUGGAAGAUAAAUCAAAGGUGGUAUUGAGUUCUGAGCUAGUUAAUAAAAUGGGUCAAGUGGUUUCAGUUUUGUCAGAGUUUGCCAAGGAUAGGGGUGCUGAAAAUGUUGAUAGAUCGAUGCCAGAGAAAUUGUCUGAUGAUAGUGAUUGUGGAACAACAGCUAAGGAUCAAAAGGCGGACUGUAAAUCUGUGUCAGAUCCUGUUUCAGCUACAGUUGAAAGGGUGGAAACUUCUGGCCCUGCUGAAACUAAAGCCAUCGAGUUAUGUCCCAAAGUAGAUUCCUUGGCUGUUGCAAAUUCACACUCUGAUGUAGUAGGUGAUAACAAGAAAGAGCAGAAACCCCCGGUAGUCUUGAGUUCUGAGUUGGUUAAAGAAACGGGUGAAGACGUAACAGUUUCGUCUGAGUUCUCCAAGGGCGUAGCUGCAGAAAAAAUCGACAUGGGGAUUAAUCAUGUGAACCAGACAGAUAAAAAGAACAAGCCUGUGCCAGCUCAUCUGUACUCAUCUGCAACCAACGGUGAAGUUGAGCAUGUAGAGGCGUCUCUAAAGAGUGCUGAAGUUGGAAAACGAUGCGCCACAACAGCAUGUGGUGAUGGGGAUGAAGCAGAGGAAUGCACCUCUGUUGCCAAAGAUGUUCCUUCAGUUUCAGCUUCAGCUUCAGCAGGGUCAGAGCUGGAAGCCAGAGUUGAAUUUGAUCUAAAUGAAGGUUUCAGCGGGGAUGAUACACGAGAUGGGAAUUCAAAUAACUUCUCUGGAUCAUUGUCUUUGACACCUACUCCUUUACAACCCAGUCUACUUCCUGCAUCCAUUACAGUUGCUGCUGCUGCAAAAGGUGCAUUUGUUCCGCGUGAUGAUCUGCUGAGAAAUAAAGCAACUGUUGGCUGGAGAGGAUCUGCUGCCACUAGUGCCUUCCGGCCACCUGAGCCAAGAAAAGCCCAAGAGGUGGUGCAACAAAGCAUGAAUAAUGUGGCUUCUUGUGAUGCUUCUACAACCGCUGGGAAGCAAACGAAGACAUUCUUGGACUUCGACCUAAAUGUACCGGAUGAAAGAGUUCUUGAAGAUAUGCCUUCCCAAAGAUUUGCCAAUCCGACAAAUCCCUCCGGUGGGCUGGAUCUUGAUCUAAACAGACUUGAUGAUCCAGCUGAUCUGAAUAAUCAUACAAUAAGCAGUGGUCACCGGGUGAAUUCAACUUUUCAACAGGCAAAUUUAUCUUCUGGUGGUAGUAGGGAUUUUGAUUUAAACGAUGGACCUGCAGUUGAUGAUGGUAUCGUUGAAUCAUCUCUGGGUUUUAGUCAAAAUUCCCGAAGUGCACAGCCAAUGAUCAGUGGAAUAAGGCCUGGAUUCUCAUCUUGGUUUCCUGCUGUUACCAAUUAUUCAGCAAUGAGUAUUCCUCAAGUCUUACCUGAACGAGGCAAUGGACCGCAGAGAAUGGUUGGUCCAACAUCUGAAGUUUCCUCAUAUACACCUGAUAUGUACAGAGGCCCUGUUUUACUGUCUUCUCCAGCAGUUUCAUUCCCACCCACAGCAUUUCAGUAUCCUGGGUUUCCUUUUGGAAGCAGCUAUCCUCUUUCCUCAGCAAACUUUUCAGGUGCUUCAACACCAUACAUGGACUCUUCGUCAAGUGGCAGGCUAUGCUUCCCUCCUGUCAACUCUCAAAUAUUGGGUCCAGGAGUUGCCAUCCCUUCUAACUACCCAAGGCCUUAUGUCGUCAAUCUCCCAAACAGCAAUGGUGGAGUUUCGGACAGCAACAACAAUGCAAAAUGGUUGAGAUCUGGUCUUGACUUGAACUCUGGACCAGGAGGGCAUGAAACUGAUGGCAGAGAUGAAGCAGCACUUGUACAAAGACAGCUAUCUUCCUCUGGUGCUUUACCCUUGAAAGAUGAAGCAAGAAUGUAUCAAAUGUUAGGUGGUACUCUCAAGAGGAAGGAACCGGACAGUGGAUGGGAUGGAUACAAGCAAUCCUCUUGGCAAUAACAAACCUCAGAAUCUCUUUGUAGGUCGUUGCACUAAGCAUGUACUCUUGAAGAUAAAAGCAGACGCUAACUUAGUCCCUUUAUCUCUUUUAGAGAUGCAAGCGAGUGUUUUUAGUUUAUGUUUUUUUUUUUUUUUUGAGUUCUGCUGUAAAAGAAAUGGUGAUAUGGGCGUUAAAGCAUUUGUUGAAUCUGCCAUGGUUUGUGUAUUAUAUAGUCAGCAGCAACUCUUUUUGUAGAUUUUUCUACUACUUGUGGUAGUUUAUGGUUGAACAAGUGAUCCACAUUUCAGAACUU